AUGAAUUCGGAAAUGAGCAGCAGCAUGCAUUCCGGGCGUCCGGAAAGUGAAUUCAGCAUCGAGUGCUUUCAAAACUACACCGCUCCGGAAGUGUUUGUACAAGGCUUGGCCGGGCUGGUCAACCAGACGGAUGUGGAAGUGAUGAUACGGGCGCAAAAGCAAAUGUUGCAGCGCUUCGAGAAAACGAAUGAAAUGCUCAUAAACUGCAAUUCGCUCAGCAACAGCCGGCUGAAGAUAGCGGCGGACGAUUUUAAGAAACACACGAAGCUGUUGCACGACAUGAAAAAGGACUUGGACUACAUCUUCCGGAAGAUACGUACGAUCAAGACGAAAAUCGGAAACCAGUACCCGGCGGCGUAUGCCGAGGCGGAAGCCAAGGCGAAGCCGAUCAGUUUCGACGAGGAGGAUGAAAUCGAUACGGCCAGCCGGGCGGAAACCCUCGAUGAGCGGCCGCCUGGCGGUGGUGGUGCCGCGUCCUCCACUUCGACGCCAGCCAAAGCAUCGGGCAGCAAACGGGAUCGGAACGGGCCACCGGGACCGGAUGUUAAGGAGCGCCAACAGCUGUCGGCCAGUGGAAGCAGAGAAAACUCCACCGUCGGGUACGUGAAAAUGGAGCAGAGCCCGGAGAACCGAAAAACCGGCGGUGGCUCGAGUGGCGAACAGAAACGGCGAUCUUUCCGUUCGGCGCAGAGCAGCUCGACGGACAAUUCGAACGAUUCAUCCGAUGGCACUUCCGACACGGGCUGAAAAGCGUUGCUCCCCACCCGUUACUCCGAUCUCAGCCGUCGUCAUCCGACGGACAUGAAGAACG